CCAGAGAGAGACGUUGGGACAUGGCAGGUGCCACUUCCAAUUGCAAAGCUUCAAACUUGAAAUCAAAUUUCCGAACUUUCUAACACACUCUGUAUGAAAUGUGCUUCCUUUUUUUGAAGCAUCUCAAAACACACAAACUUUACGGAAAAGUCCACACGUCUUCAUCAUUUCAUCGUCUUUUUUCGUUUCAAAACAACCUUAGAAUUGGUCCCUCCCUAUAAUAAUAGUAUCACAUUUCUCCUCUUCCUUUGUUCCUUCCAUGUCCAAACCUAUGUUACUGGGACCUGGUGAAUCUUAUCUAGGUCAGUGGUGAAGUGAGUGGUGACUACCCCUUUUGCCUUUUCAUAUAUAUAAGCUUGUGUUAUGUGUGGGAAGUGAAAGAGAAUUUGUAAUUAGCUGUUAAAGAUGAGUGCUUUGUCUAAGAAGAGUGAAGAAUUUCGGAAGAAGAGAGAUGGGUUGGUUAAAAAAGAGUCGUUAACUGAUUCCACUGCUGAGUCAAGAGAAAGCAGUUUCAGUGGAUCAAAUUCAAGUUCCUCAUGUUCAUCAAAUGAAGAAGCAAAAGCAGCAAAAGGGUCUUCUUCUCCAUCUCCACCUGCUCCUCCACUUGGAUGGCCUAUUCUGAAAGCUGCAGUUUCCAAGUGUGGGAAAUCUGAUGAAAAAGAUAAUGAUCAAGAACAUCAUUUGGAUGACACAAAAUUUAGUAGUAUUGGUUCAAAAGUGUCAGAUGCUGAAAUGAUGAAGGAAAGGUUUGCAAAAUUGUUGCUUGGUGAAGACAUGUCAGGUUCUGGGAAAGGGGUUUGUACUGCUUUGGCCAUCUCAAAUGCUAUCACUAAUCUGUGCGCCACUGUGUUUGGACAAUUAUGGAGAUUAGAACCUCUACCUUCUGAAAAGAAAGCUAUGUGGAGAAGAGAGAUGGAAUGGCUUGUUAGUGUUAGUGAUCACAUUGUUGAACUAAUACCUUCUUGGCAAACAUUCCCUGAUGGAAGCAAGCUAGAGGUAAUGAUUUGCAGGCCAAGGACAGAUAUUUUUAUCAAUGCUCCAGCGCUUAGGAAACUUGAUAACAUGCUUCUCGACAUAUUGGAUGGUUUCACCUCCACCGAGUUCUGGUAUGUUGACCAAGGAAUUGUAGCCCCGGAAGCCGAUGUAAUGGCCUCAUUUCGCAAGACGAUUCAACAGCAAGACAGGAAGUGGUGGCUCCCGGUGCCCCGUGUUUUAAUGAUUAACGAUUAACGACUCUUAAAGUUGUCAUGUCCCUGGGACGAAUGAAACCCGACACAUAAGACUUUGCAAUUCAAUUCCAAUGGCUUUGAAAACCUGCUUCAUUCUUCUCCACAAUUCACAACACUCUUCUUCCACAACCUUCUUCUUAAUCCCCUGUUUAUGCAUUCUUCACAAUGAACCUCACAACAACCACAUCCUGCAUUUAUCAACAUUUUUUACUAAGAGGAAGCUCCAUCUUACUCUUCUCCUCACAACUUUUCUUUCGAGUAAUUUAUCAAACACUAGUGGUGCAUUGUUGAUGGCUCAAGAGUUGGACUUGGAGCUUCAGAGAUACACUGAUUCGAAGGAAGGUUUCACUCUUCUUAUACCCUCUUCUUGGACUAAGGUAAAAUUAUUUACCCAUUUUUGUUGAGUAACCUUAAUCUUUGAUAAGCUUUUUCUACUGUGAAGAAUUGCGUAUGUUUGGUAUGAUGUGUUGGAAAAUGAUU